GCCAUGACGACGCAAGCUCAGGCUGAUGCCGCGGAAAUUGCGGCGAAAGAAAAGUUUUUCUUGACGGCUUCUGAUCCCUCUGAUGCGUCGCCCGAAGAUCGGCUCAAGCAGGUGAUUAACGCAAAAUUGGAGGCGGGGUUCUUGAAGCCUUUUAAUUAUGUGAAAGGGUAUGCCCGGCUUCAGAAAUACAUGGAAUCUCACAUGUCACCACCCUCCCACCACCGAAUCCUCGUCCCCCUCCAACGCUUCCGUCCGGCAUUCCGCGCCGUGGCCCAAAGUCUCACAGACGUCGAUUUAAUUCUCGUCGAAGAAGCGUUCGAGAGGUUAUUGUUGGAUUACGAUAGGGUAUUUACGAGUAUCUCCGUCCCGGCAUGUCUGUGGCGACGCACAGGCGAGAUCUUCCGCGGAAACAAGGAGUUUGCGCAGUUAAUCGGCGUACCAGUCGAAAUGCUACGGGAUGGCCGACUCGCUAUCUAUGAGUUGAUGGCGGAAGAUUCGGCGGUCAAUUAUUGGGAGAAGUAUGGGAAUAUCGCGUUUGAUGGCGGUCAGAAAGCUGUGUUGACGAGCUGUAUUUUGAAGACGAAUCAAGGACAAGGACAGGGAGCAGGGGGGGCGAAUGGAGCACAGGCGGGGGUGUUGAGUUGUUGUUUUUCGUUUACAAUUCGAAGGGAUAGAUAUAAUAUCCCGUCGUGUAUUAUCGGGAACUUUAUCCCGAUAAAUUUGACGUCGAUGUGAGAGCGGAGGGGUGAAGAUAUCAGCUGGGUUUAUGGGAUGGAUAGGUUUAAAUUUGUUUUUGGAGUUUAGCGAUGGAUUCAUUGGGUUUACCGAGAAGCUUAACAUAUUUGAAGAGCAUAGGUGUAGUAAUCAUGAUC